UGCAAUUAUAUAUAUAUAUAUUAUAUAUAUUUUGUUUUCUGGGUGUGCUUGCUUUGCUAGGGAUAUAAAAACCAAAGAUUGCCAGAUUUCUCGUGAAAGCUCACAUGCCAAUGAAAGCCCACUAGCCAGCAGCCCUUCGAUAUCUCAAUUCAACAAACAUUCACGCAUUUCCUCCUCCUUAAUCAGUCCUUCGGUUUUCAAACUCCUCCAUCACCUCCCAAUCAACUUUUACUAGUAUUACUGCAUAACUAACGGCUUUUCGCUAGAAUCUUGGCCACUAACUUCCAAGUACUGGGAAUUCGGAUUCUCGUAGUCGUUUGAUCUUUUUUUCUUCUUGAUCAGGGAUUGGGCCAAUUGUCUUGCUUUUGCACCUGAUUUCCAUCUACUGAUUCGAGUAAUUCUGGGUUGGUUGUGGUAGUGAGACAAGCAUGGCGAUGGAUACUGGCUUUGCAACAAUGAAAACCACUGCCCACUUGGCAACAGUAAAUGGAGAAAAUGGAAUUUGGGGGGAGAGGGUCAAAGGCAGCCUAAAUGGCAAUUUUUGGGUUAAUCAGUUGGCAAAAAGCUUAAAACUUGACUACGAAAAGAAACAGAAAUUUAAACCUGGGGCUGCUUUCUCGGUCAUCACCAGAGAAACUGGAAAAGAGACUCUGACCAUAGAAGCACCACGUUUUGAGAGACGGAGGGCGGACCCUAAGAAUGUGGCUGCUAUCAUACUAGGAGGAGGUGCUGGGACUCAACUUUUCCCUCUGACGAGCAGAACUGCAACUCCUGCUGUCCCAGUUGGAGGAUGCUAUAGACUUAUAGACAUUCCAAUGAGUAACUGCAUCAAUAGUGGCAUUAACAAGAUUUUCGUGCUGACUCAAUUCAACUCUGCUUCACUGAAUCGUCAUAUUGCUCGAACCUAUCAUGGAAAUGGUGUGAACUUUGGAGAUGGAUUUGUAGAGGUUCUGGCAGCAACACAAACUUCAGGGGAAGCAGGAAUGAAGUGGUUCCAAGGAACUGCAGACGCUGUUCGCCAAUUUCUAUGGAUGUUUGAGGAUGCAAGGAACAAGGACAUUGAUAACAUACUCAUUUUGUCUGGAGAUCAACUUUACCGGAUGGACUACAUGGACUUUGUGCAGAAUCAUGUUGAUCGGAAUGCUGAUAUCACACUUUCAUGUGUCCCAGUUGGUGAGAGCCGUGCUUCAGAAUUUGGACUUGUGAAGAUUGACAGCAGAGGCAAAGUGGUCCAGUUUUCUGAAAAACCCAAAGGUUCUGAUCUGAAGGCAAUGCAUGUGGAUACUACCAUCCUGGGUUUGUCUCCACAAGAAGCAUUCAAAUCUCCUUAUAUUGCUUCGAUGGGAGUUUAUGUAUUUAAGACAGAUGUACUGCUGCAGCUUUUGAAAUGGAGGUAUCCUACAUCGAAUGACUUUGGAUCUGAAAUCAUACCUUCAGUUGUUAAGGAGCGUAAUGUCAGAGCUUAUAUAUUCAGAGACUACUGGGAGGAUAUAGGAACAAUUAAAUCUUUCUAUGAAUCUAACUUAGCCCUGACAGAUGAGUUCGCAAAGUUUCAAUUUUAUGACCCAAAGACACCUUUCUUCACAUCUCCCCGAUUCUUGCCUCCAACCAAGAUAGAUAAAUGCCAGAUUAUGGAUUCAAUAAUCUCACAUGGAUGCUUCUUGAGAGAGUGUACUGUUGAACAUUCUAUUGUGGGUGAAAGAUCACGUUUAGAUUAUGGUGUGGAACUGAAGGAUACCUUCAUGAUGGGGGCUGACUAUUACCAAACUGAGUCAGAAAUAGCUUCUCUCCUUGCCGAAGGGAAAGUACCCAUCGGUAUUGGACAGAAUACAAAAAUCAGGAAUUGCAUAAUUGACAAGAAUGCAAAGAUUGGGAAGGAUGUGGCCAUCCUGAAUAAAGAUGGUGUUCAAGAAGCAGACCGACCUGAAGAAGGGUUCUACAUUCGGGCAGGCAUCACCGUAAUACUGGAGAAAGCAACAAUUAAUGAUCGUACGGUGAUAUGAUAUGAUCUCUUGCAUCUACGGGGUGCUUGGAAGUUGGUGAUGGGCAAGAACCUAGAGAUAUGACGAUUGAACCACCCUUUUUCCGGUGAUACCCAUUGCAACCGGUGGUUCCAGUACGGAGCUCCAGGGAGCAUGAAUCGCAACAUCUAUAGCCUAUGUCUAGGAGCCGAUGCUUUGUUAGAGUGUUAGUCCAUAAUAAAACUGGGCUGAGCUUUCCAGUUGCCUCCUCCUGUUUUGCUCGUAGUUUUGCUUAUUAUACAUAGGAUUAAUCAAUCAAACUUCUUCUGUAACAUAUCAACACGACGGUAACUGCACAAUCAUCUCUUGUGCAAUUACCUUUUUUGGGUGCGAGAAUACAGUUAUGGAUCCAUGUAAAUACCCUGAACCACGCCAGAGUUGCGCUUAUAAAGUUUCAUUUAUUUGAGAAAAGAAAUACUCAA